AUGAUUUCCUUCGAUAGGGAGGCGUUAUCAACGCCGCCCCAGAAGCGCAAGCUGGAUGCUGUCGAUAGUGAUACAGAAUCCAAAAUUCUGUCAUCCCCUCCUUCACGCCGGCGUCUGGGCACUUCACCAACUUCAUUUCAGAUAAAAAAAGUAUCGCAUCAAGGGCCACGCAAAAGUGCUGCGAUGGACACGUUACUGCCGAGUGCUGGAAUUCGAUCCAAUACUUGGCAUUUAGAUGGUACCAUUCACACGCUUGACCGUCUACGAAACCAAACAUACCGCUCCACGAUAGAACCUCCGUCGUGUAGACAUCGUAAAAGAUCGAUACUCCCUACCCAUUUAUCUACAGACACUACUGCUCGUCACAUGCGUAUUCUGUCACGGCACAUAAAAAAUUGUCAGAUAUCAAUGGUCUCGGUUGACGAAGGGAGGGAAAAUUCCGCAGGAGAGAUUUCCUUGACCCGGAUACCAUCCAUCAUGGAUGUUUACCUCGAUGCGAAGUCACCCUCCAUAGAUUUCACCGAAGAGGUCGUACUGGAAAUUGCGGAUCGCAGCAGGCGCCUCUCCCUGCAUUCAGAUCUGGGUUUUACGUUCGUAUCUUCGCAAACACAACCGCGCUACUCUCAGCACUAUGAAUACCCCCAUACCGUCAAUUCCGAAACAUUGUCGUCCCUAACUUCCGAAGUGACGGGUCUAAACUCUUCUUGGGAGCAGAUCGUGCUCGGAAAGAACGUUCCCCAAUCAGGAAAAUUUACACGGCACCCGGAUUCAUUCGAGCGUUCUACUUCGACCUGGUCAGAGGGCCUGAAUGGGCAAUGA